UUGCAGCUUUCUCUCUCCAUCUCCUCUCCUCCUCCUCCUCUCUCUCUCUUUCUCUUUCUCUCUCUGCCUUUCUCCCUCCCUCCCUGAGCGUCCCUGUAACUGAACAGUGAAAAUUCACAUUGUGGAUCCGCUAACAGGCGCAGAUGUCAUGUGAAAACGCACAUGUUCUGCCAUCCACACAGCCUUCCUUUCUUUCCUGCCCCCCCCUCCUUUUUUGCUCCUUUCCCCUCUUUGUAACUAACCAAACCACCAUCAACUCCUCCUCCUUCUCCUCCUCCUCCUCCUCAGUCCAAGUGAUUACAAAAGAAAUCUUCUGAACCGGUGGUGGCAUUUUUUUUUUUUAAAGCAAAUACACUGGAGAGAAAGACAACAAAACAAAACAAACCAGACACCAAUCAGACAACAUAUUUUCACCCUUCCUGAAAACAACAACAAACAACAGCAACAACCUCCCACCUGACCAAACAAUCACCACUAUCACCAUCAUUAUCAUCAUCACCAUUAUCAUCAAAACCAGUUAAGACAGCAGAGGCCUCACUAGCCACACAGCAGCCAAUACCAACAACUGGCAACAAUAACAGCCUGGAAGGGAUGGUUUUCUCAGCAGAACAGAUCUUCGGCUGCAGCCUCCACUCGUGCUGAGAGGGGAUUUUUGUGCUUUCCGAGGUGCGGGCUGGUAGCAGCUUCAUGACUGCGCGGAGUGGGCUAUCGGCAACACCAUGCGAGCACAAAUUGAAGUGAUACCAUGCAAAAUUUGUGGCGAUAAGUCCUCUGGAAUCCACUACGGAGUCAUCACAUGUGAAGGUUGCAAGGGAUUCUUUCGAAGGAGCCAGCAGAACAAUGCAUCUUACUCCUGCCCAAGGCAGAGAAACUGUUUAAUUGACAGAACGAACAGAAACCGGUGCCAACAUUGCCGGCUGCAGAAGUGUCUUGCCCUAGGAAUGUCUCGAGAUGCUGUCAAAUUUGGGAGGAUGUCCAAGAAGCAAAGGGACAGCCUAUAUGCAGAAGUGCAGAAGCACCAGCAACGGCUUCAGGAACAGCGGCAACAGCAGAAUGGGGAGGCAGAGGCCCUUGCCAGGGUCUACAGCAGCAGCAUCAGCAAUGGCCUGAACAACCUGAACAACGAAACAGGUGGCACCUAUUCCAAUGGGCAUGUCAUUGACUUGCCAAAAUCUGAGGGGUAUUAUAAUGUGGAUUCAGGCCAGCCAUCCCCAGAUCAGUCAGGACUGGAUAUGACUGGAAUCAAACAGAUAAAGCAAGAACCUAUCUAUGACCUCACUUCUGUACCCAACUUGUUUACCUAUAGCUCUUUCAACAAUGGGCAAUUAGCACCAGGGAUAACCAUGACUGAAAUAGAUCGAAUUGCACAGAACAUCAUUAAGUCCCAUUUGGAGACGUGUCAAUACACCAUGGAGGAGCUACAUCAGCUAGCCUGGCAGACUCACACAUAUGAAGAAAUUAAGGCGUAUCAGAGCAAGACCAGAGAGGCAUUGUGGCAACAGUGUGCUGUUCAGAUCACUCACGCAAUCCAAUAUGUGGUGGAGUUUGCGAAGAGGAUCACAGGUUUCAUGGAGCUCUGUCAAAACGAUCAGAUUCUACUCCUGAAGUCAGGUUGCUUGGAAGUGGUUUUAGUGAGAAUGUGUCGUGCCUUCAACCCACUAAACAACACUGUUCUGUUUGAAGGAAAGUAUGGAGGAAUGCAAAUGUUCAAAGCCUUAGGUUCCGAUGACCUGGUGAAUGAAGCAUUCGACUUCGCAAAGAAUUUGUGUUCCUUGCAGCUGACAGAAGAAGAGAUUGCCUUGUUCUCAUCUGCUGUGCUGAUAUCUCCAGACCGAGCCUGGCUAAUAGAACCUCGGAAGGUUCAGAAGCUUCAGGAGAAAAUUUAUUUCGCACUUCAGCAUGUGAUUCAGAAGAAUCACCUCGAUGAUGAGACUUUGGCAAAGUUAAUAGCCAAGAUACCGACCAUCACCGCAGUUUGCAACUUGCAUGGAGAGAAACUGCAGGUAUUUAAGCAAUCUCAUCCUGAUAUAGUGAACACACUAUUUCCUCCAUUAUAUAAGGAGCUUUUCAACCCUGACUGUACUACAGUCUGCAAAUGAAGGGGAGCACAGAGCUGUCAUGUGGUUCUCAAAUGCGUCACUCUUAAGACAAAAGCAAUGCGCUCAUGAAGACUUAUGAAAAAUGUCACUACUGCAACACUAGGAAUGUCCUGCACUUAAUAGAAUUAUUUUUCACCGCUACAGUUUGAAGAAUGUAAAUAUGCACCUGAGUGGGGCUCUUUUUUUUUUUUUGAACUGACCAUAAAUAUACAAAUAUAGGACACUGGGUGUUAUCUUUUUUUAAUUUUAUUGGGGUAUGUUUUGGGAGACAACUGUUCAUAGAAUUUUAUUGUAGAUAAAAAAAUGAGAACAGAGCGGUACCUUACAUUAUUACUCUUGCUGUUUAUUGUUCAGAUAUAAUUUAAGAAAACUUCACUUAUUAGACUUACCUAUUUCUAUGUUUUUAGAUAGUUAAUUGCAUGUGGAAAUUUGUAGCUGUCUUGGAAAGUGCUGUGCAUGUAUGUAAUAAGUAUAUAAUAUGUGAAUAUAUUAUAUAUGACUAUUACUUAUACAUGCACAUAUACUGUGGCUUAAAAUCCCAUGCCUACUUGCAAAGGAUGUUCAGUCAGGCUUUCUUGUAUUAUUUACCCUCUGUGUAAUGUGUUACCUUUAUGUUGGGUAAUCUGGAUUUUUGCUUUGCCAACCAGAGUUUAGCCAUCCAUAGCUAAUGGUUGGAUGGUAUCAAUAUUCUGAAAUCCAUGUACAAAAAGUAAUGGAUUCAAUAGACAGCCUCUAUACUAACAGCUCUAUUUGUAGCCAUGGUAUAAAAGCCUUGUCUGGAGGGUUCAAAUGGAAAGUACAUUUUUUUUCCUGUUCUAAGAAUCAGGCAACAGAUAAUAUUUUGAGGACCUGUGACUGGAAAAGUUUUUAAUCCAACACAAUAAAUAUUACUGGGCAUUUCCCACUACAAAAUGCAACUUUUUUUUCUUCCCCCCCCCAAAUUUCUAGUCACAAAAAGGAUUUCUCCUCUGCAAAUUAUUGCAUCAAAUGAGAAAUAUAGGUUGUGGAUAGCAAUCACCAGCAAACUCAUAUUCAUUAUAAAAAAAAAAAAAAGUGAUGUGAUCAAUGAAAACACGACGGUGUUAGUGCCAUUUUCUACAAAUGUUUAGUUCCAGGAAUUAUUCAAAUGAAGUAAAAGUACUAUGAGUAAGUACCAGGCAAAGAAUCAGUUCUUAAGAGUUCACUAUUUUCACAUAUAAGAAUGAGAGAGCUUUCCCAUAUUUCUCCUCUAUAGUUCUGGGGACUUCACUCUAUCUCUGCCUCUAUUUCUCUCUCACUCAAUCUUUCCCUGCCUCUGCCUCCAUCUCUUUAAAAAUCUUCAUAUCAUAUAUUGCAAAAGUAGAGCAGUAACUGACUUGCUAUGAAAUAAUCUUUAAAAGACAAUAUUUAGAUUAUCUUUUAAAAAAACUAAGCAACAAUAAUAGCAUCACUUGUUCAUCUUUUUAAAGACAUUAAAAGUGCAUUUCAGAAUAUACAAAGUAAAUCUCUGAACUUAAAUAUAUACAUACAUAUAGACAUAUAUACAUGCACAUAUAUAUAAAAUAUGUACAUGUAUUAUAUAUAUGCACAUACAUACAUAAAAACACACACUGUAGAGUCAGUGCAUCUGAAGGCCCCAUAAUAUUGAUUUCAGGAUCAGAGAAGUUGGGCUGGUGGUACAUUAAUCCUCAUUUCUCCCUUUACUCCUGAUUAGGUUAUUCUACAGAAAGAAACUAAAAUGUCAAGUGAGUCUUCUAUGCCUGUUCAGUAUUACUUGAUCUAAGGCAAGAUCAGGAGAGGGGAAACUUGUACAUAAUAAUGAAAAUUAUGCCAUUCUUUUAUAAAUUAACAGAAGCCACCAUUUCAUUAAAAGAGGGUCUUUUCUCCUGGGAGGGAAGGGGUCCAUGAAAGAGGGAAUAAUGCUUGUGUCUUUUAGAUAGGUGCAGUCAGUCAUCAAUGGAAACUUGGAUUUUUAGCUCUUAAACUCUCCUGAGAUUAGCUUUCUCCGGUACACAUAAGAAUUCACAGAUAACCAGAAUUGUGGCAUUUGCCUUUUCCAGAUAGAAUCCGGAGGCUUUUUUCCCCUAAUGAUUGAUGAAUUCCAAACCGAUGGGGGGAAACAAAAAAGGCUUUAAAAUAAUGAAUCUCAUUCUCAACUACUGUUAUAUUCAAUUAAUUUAACUACAUUGAACCAAAUUACCUUGGGUGUCGAAGAAGACAGCUGUAGACGGCUUAUUAUGCUGCUACAGGGACUCAAUUCUUUUUGGCGUAAAUGUCACUCCUGCUAGCGCUUUGUAUAAAGAAUUAAUUCCAAGAGUCAUAUUUCCUUCUAAUGGAAAGAUUACUUUACUGAUUGCUAGGAAAACAGGGUAAUAGAAGGCACUCCAUUAAACCAACCCGUUUCCAAAUGCAAUAGAUGUUUUAUGAUUGGCUUGUGAUAGGAAAGGCUCUAAGUGUCUGCCUGGUGUUUCCCUUUGAGCUUUGAACUUAUGUCAAACUUUGUUUUCCUACUUCCGUUAUCCUAAUGUUUUCCAUUGUUGGCCUUUAAUUCUUAUUCAGUUGCAUUGGGAAUCAUGUAUUUCCUUCAUUUUUCCCAAGAGGUUUUUAAUUGACUCAAUUUAUGAAGAGGUAGAGCAUGUGUAUAUUUUUCCCCCUCCCCUGGUCCCAUGGGUGAAUUUACAGAAAGACUGCUUCCCCCACUUGCCUCUGGAGAAGAUAGCUUUGAACUAGAGUAGUUUCUACAUUUUCUAGAGCUGGUUUGAAACUUUAAAGGUGGUGGAUUUUUGUAGCUGGGGGAGAGGGAUUAAAUCUAGCUGACCCAUCAUAUAUCCUACCAGCCAAGAUAAGAGACCAAAGGAAGCAACCUCUGAUGUCCACUUCAGGACCUAGAGAAAAUACUUCAUUUUUUUUUUUACUGUGGAAUACUGUGAAAAAUCUAAAUCUGGUCCAGAGAGAAUCAAGAUGUGCUGUAAGUAGCACUGAAAUCUGUUAUACCUUUUUGAGCACCUCUUCAAAACACAUCUGUGAAGAAACUAACACCUGAUAUUAACAACUGAUUUUCCCUUAGGUCCUAGCUAAUAGCUACACUACAUUAUGUCCAAGCACUUUGUCCCAUCUCCAUGAGAAUCAACAAUUAUCUAUGAUAUAUUUGUGAUACAAGGAACAUGAGACAACAAAGAAGCCACAAUUUAUACUUUUCAAUUCACUCUUUGUAAAUGACAAUCACUGCUUAAUGCAGAUGUUGCACUGUAUUCCACUCAGGGAUGUUUCAUUUAUUUUUUAAAAAAAUAUCUACAUCAAAUAUGAGGGGAGAAAAAAAACAGGAAAGAAAUUUUAACAAAACUGUAAGCAGUAAAAACAUAUUCCCUUUCUUCCUCUACCAGACAAGGCUAUCAGGCCAGCUAUUUGACCCUACAUGCUUGUAACCUGAAUUCACUGUCACCAUUUUCCUCAAUUCACUGAAAAGUUCUAGCCAUCAUUCCCCAGAUAGCAUGCUGGCUAAAGACAGCUCAGCCCCCUUCUCUAAAAUCUACUGACUAGCAAAAUAUCCAAACUGCCCUGUUAAUUCCACAGCUUAUCUCCCAGCAAAACCAGGUUUGACUCGGGUCCUGAGCAAAGGAGCAAUUGAUUUUAUUUGUCAGGCCAGAACACGGAAGAUGUGGUUUCUCAAGCUGCCUUUGUGGCAGUAUUGCAGUAGGAAGAACACAAGUUGGAAGGAAAACACUUGGCUGAUCCCUUCUCACUGCCAACUAUCAGGAUCUGAGGCUAAACCAUAAGUAUAACCUAACCUGGGACUUGUCAUAUUAGACCAAAAAUAGGUUUCCAAGGUAGCUUUACAACUAAUCUCACUUAAAACAUUUUAGGCUAUCAUUCACAUGGGUCCAUCCUAUAGAACUAUCUUAAAAAUAAGAUCAUGGAUUUAGAGUUGGAAAGGAUGUUAGAGGUCAUCUAUUCUGACUCUAUUUUGCAGACAAGAAAAGCAAGGCCAAGAAGAAUAAAAAUCUCACAAGGCAGAGAAAGGAUUCAAAUCUAGGUCUUUGGAUUCCAAAUUGAACACUUCAGACCUAUUUGGCAAAUUCUAAGCAACUAGAUCCCUUUGGAGGAAUCCAAGACAACCAAAUACUAUGGUAACAUGUAAUUAUUUAUUAGAAGAUGUUAUGGCAAGGAUCCAGUAUAAUUUUUAUUAGCAAUUUCCCUUGUCGUUUAUCCCAUACUACUUAGAACUCUGUACCAUUUCAAGCCAAAUCAAAUAUGGAGAAGAAUUUUUAGACAACUAACUACUCAUGUGUCAAUUACAUAUGAGGUCAGAAUUCCAACAAAAUGCUAGUAUCCCAAGGAUAGACUCUAAACUUAUCAGUUAUUAAGUUUGUGACCGGCUCCUAGAGAUACCAUGAACCACAGCAUACCAUUAUUGCCAAUGGGGUUGUCUUUGGCAAGGAUAUUGGAAUGGUUUGCCAUUUCCUUCUCCAAAAGGUAAAGAAAACAGUGGUUUAGUGACUUGUCCAGGGUGACCUAACUAGUAAGUAUCUGAGGUCACAUUUGAACUCAGGUCUUCCUGACUCCGGGCCAAGCACUCCAUCCAUUAAGUCACUUACCUGCCUCCAAGGCAAACAAGUUAAGUGACUUGCCCAGGAUCACAGCUAGUAAGUGUCUUAGGCCAUAUCUGACUUCAGGUCUUCCUGAUUCCAGGCCCAGCACUCAAUCUACUGAACCAUCUGGUUGAUUCUAAAGUUUUUCGCUGCUAAUGCAAUCAGUACAUCAGUGUCAGACUACCUGAAAUAUUGCUUGAAAUUGUGGGAUCACAGAGAGCUUCUGUCCAUCUUUGCCUAUUUUGUAGGUAUUUCUUUCAUUCUAUUUAUUAUAAGAAAAAUCCCCUUACUAAGUUGAAAACAGAAGAAAGAAGUAUUCAAUAAUUAUUUUCUUCAAGGGAUCUUUGUGUCCAAUGAGGUUAAUACUACUGACAGUUAAUUCAGAAGCCUAUGUAUAUACUUACAUAUUCCAGGUCAUGCAAAUAGACAACUAUGUAGUAAGAAUGAGAGGAGACAUCAGUAGAUAGAACAGCAAUAACCUUUAAGGUUUCUGUUUGUGGAAAAAAAAAAUGUUUUGCACUCUGUCUCUUAUAAAAUAAAGACAAAAAGUCACCAUCGACCAGAGAUGUAACAGCAUGUUAUAUCUCUCUUCAAACUACUGGAGGAAGCUGCUACUGAUAAUAGAGGAUACUAUUGAAGUGAAGAAGCAUUUGGUUGUUUCAGAAAGUGGCCCUUGCUUAUUACAGAUACAUGGGCAAUAGUGUAGACAUGGUCCGUUGAAAGUAGCAUCAAUGUGUCCUGUUUCAAUGGACCACCUCUACCGAGAUGGGAUUUUUUUCCUCUUAUUCCUUAUUCUUCUCAAUUUGGUUUCCCUGUUGUUCUAACACUAUUGGAAGCAGCAAAUUCCAGUAGUCUAGAUCCAGGUAGAGACCAGUUGGACAAUUAGAAAACAGACUGAUGGUUAUUUGAUUUAAUGGUAACAACUAAAAAGCACUUCUAUUUGUCUUGACUAGCCUCCCAGCUUAAUAAAACCAAGUCAUUAGAUACAUUUGGCAGCUUCUUCUGAAAUUCAAAUGCACUAUGUUUUAUUUGAGUAUGUGUUUUUCUUUCAAUGUGUCUGUGUGGGACUUCCCUUUUUAUCUGAAGAUUUAAUAAUAGAAUAAUACUCAUUUGGCCGUCCAUUGUUCCAUAGUGUGGACCUUGCAUUCUUGGGUAGCAGAUGGGGAUUUUGUUCAUGCACUUUUUUUCUCAAGCCUCUGAGUUACCUACCAAGUAAAUUGGCUAUAAUAAAUAAUCUUUGCCUCUUGCAUGACUAUAAGUGUGACCUCCAGUAAACCAGAGAGAGCAGGUCAGUGAUUGUUACUUGUGGCCACAAAGCACACACACACAAACUGGAUUAUGUCUGCAAAACCAAGUUCAUCACAAUAAGGGAUGUUCUUUCCUAGUUGGGAAGGGUAUUCACCAUAUUAAUAAAGCUAUCGUGGCUGUAACCUGUGGAAAAUAUAUGCAUAUCUACCUAGAUAUUUAUAGCAUGCAUGUGGUCAAUUGUACAUGCAUGCACAAACAUACAAAUUAGAUAUCUGGAAAGCUACAUAAUCCCAUCUUCAAUCACUGUACCAUCUGCCUCAUCUAACUAACAUUAAAGAAAGUAAUGGGGGGAGGGGACAUUAAAAAAAAAACCCUGAGUAUGUAUUGUAGAAAUGUAGAGGAAAAAUAAAAAUAUUUUUUCAGAUGUAAUUACUUUUAAUAUAUGCUUGUGGAAGGUCUAAUACAAUGUACACUGUCUCUGUAAUUUUUGCUGUAAAUAUCUCAGGACAGUGAAUACACUGAUUUUUUCUAUGUCUCUGUUUAAGGAUAAGACUUUAUAACAAUUUUUUAGAGGAGAAAGAACACCAACAAGCAAAUUCUGUACUUGCUUCCUAUGAGUGUCAUGUGCUCCUCAGUUUUUAAUGGAAAUCGAUUGGGACAGGGAAGCAUUCUGACCAGCUCUAGGUUUAACCUGUAUGCCUCUGUUUGUACACCACCAACUGAUAAAGGCACAGGGCUGUCAAUGAAAUCUGCUCCCAGGGGUCUGGGUGCUGAAUAUCAUCCUAAGAUCUGCAAAAUGCAUCUGAACCAGACAAUUUGAAAACCAACAAAGAAAAGAAUGAGCAAAGAUUUCCCAAGCAAGUACAUCUGUCCUUGCAGCAUUUAACUUUUUUAGAUUUUUCAGCAUGAAAUAUCUGAAGGAGAAGAAGGUCUGCUUUCUGACGAGCAAAAUAUUUUUGUACACACUCAUUUCUUAUUAAAACUUGAGGUCAGAUCACUCUUUCACUGUAAUCUGAAGCCAUAACUGACCUUCACCAAAUAAAAUGUUUUCAAGAACAUAGGGGAGGGUUUGGGAGAGGUUGAGGGGAAGGGAGAACCAAGAUAUCAAUGGCUAUAGCAACACAGGCAGGAGCAAGUCCAAUGCACUUGGAUGCUUUUCCUGCAUCCCAAAUAUAACUUUAAAUCACUAGUAUUUUAUGAUGAUCGAUUUAUAAAAAAAAAAAAAUAGAUAUUUAGAUUUAAAUGAAUCUUUCCGAUAUUUUUGAAAUCCCUGACAAUGCUUCCUUGCUUUUAGGAUUAUGAGAGAAAAUGAUUUUCAUAUACUUCCAACUUUCAGAGGUUUAAUGUUUUUUAUCUUAUUUCCAACUGCUCUUGGUAGGGUGAAGCACGACAUUGGGUCCCCCAGCUGUUGAAACCAUGGGCUAUUUGGUGCUUGGCUGUAGAUAAUUGUCAUUGCUGUAUCUUAAGGGGUGGGGGAGGGGAGGGGUGUGGUUUGCUUCUCUUACUAAGCAUGCUCACCACUAUUGGUAAUGCACAAAAGCUGCAUUGCCGAAUGAAAAGUAUGUAAAAAAUAUAUAUUAUUCACUCUAAAAAAAAAAGCAUACAAGAAAUACCUUCUAAAGAAAAAUGCCUCCUAUAGUCAACACUGAUUUUUUUUCUGAAGCUUAAUUGUAUUAUAAUAAUGUAUUUUUAUUGGCCUAUAGAGGUCAAAGGCAAACCACAAAUGAAUCCAGUGACAUAUAUAGUUUUUGAAUCUGCAGUUUUCUUCUCUCUCUCUCUCUCUCCUUGUUUAAUAUAUAAGCCCUAAUUUAUGUGUAUGUGAGUAAAACUACAGCCUGAGUCAUUUAGAAAGUAAGCAUUGAGGUUUUUUUAAUCAUAAAUAUACUAGAAUACAACAGCACUCCCUGUCAAAUAAAAAGAUUUUAUAUUACUUUAGAAUGUAAUAGGUUUUCGUCUUAUUUUAUGUCUUGUAAAUUAUUAGUUGAAUACUGUUAGCAUUCCAUGAUAAUGCACACAUGAUUUCUGAAUGUUUUCUGUAAAUGACAAUCAAUGUUUAUGAAGUUCCUUUAAUGCUGAACAAAAUUAAAAAAUGAAAAAAAAGAAAAAUAAA